AUGGCGCUCGGGUCCCAGACUCGUCGCUCCCUAGUAUGGAUUACAGCGUUGGCCGGCCUCGCUGCCGGUGUCGAACUCGGUGUCGACAUCAAGUCGCUCGUCCCCGCCUGUGCUCAACCUUGCCUGACGUCCUUCGUAAAGAGCAACUACCCGCCGACGGAUUGCGCUGCUAACCCGACACUAUCGUGCAUAUGCUCGGAGCAAUCGACGUCGGGGUAUACCAUCGGGGAAGGGGCACUCCAGUGCAUCAGUGUCGAGAUAGAGCGCGGCGUGUGUGAUCAAAACCUCACCAGUUCCGCGAAGCGUAACGCCUAUGUUAUGUGCUCCGGGAUAGAGGGUGCAUUGCCUAACACGCACACUACGCUAACCGCUACCGUCGUUAGCGACGCUGACGGGGGAUCGGGCACGAUUUUGGCGUCCCCGGCGGGGUCAGGUUCGACGGGGAUCUUGUCUACGACCGCAUCUGAGGGUCCGGCGCCUUCUUCCGCGGGACAAGACGCAGGGUCGACAGCAACGAAUGGAGCCGGUAAUCCCGAGCCGGCGAGUGCGGGUUCUCUGACUACCAUCCAGAUUGUUGGGAUCGUCGUCGGUGUCGUUGGCGUUAUAAUAAUUACGUUAGCUGCUAUCUUCAUUGCUAGAUGCAUACGUAAACGGAAAUAUCCGGACCCCGAGCGAGCGUUCGUCCCGAUAGACGACGAAAGGAGCAAAUCCAGAACUGAGGCGAAAAAGCCUGGCACACCAAGGAUCUCGCCCCCUUUUCGUAGGUAUUCCAACCUAACGGAGCCCCAACUCCCCCCGCGACUCCUCACCGCGUCGCCGAACGUUCGCGCCCCUACCCUGAGCUCGCGGACCGGCACGCCGAACCCUCGUCCUCUCACUCUAAUGGAAAACCCCCGAACUCCGCCACCCAAUCCCGGCGCCUCGCUGCACGCUCAUCUCUCGCCGCGGCCUAGCCACGAGAUUAUCGGGGCACCAACGGCGCGUUCUUUAACUGCAACGCCUUCGGCGGCCCCGGAACCCGUAGUUCAAAGGCCCGUCUCACGUCUUCUUCCAGCUAAACCCACACUGGGCCUUACCGUCCCCCCACCUCGACCUCCUCCUCCUGUUCAACCUUUGUUGCUGCAGCCUGUGGCUGCCGAAGCCGGCGCACCUACCGCACAAACACCGCUGACCGACAGGGCCAGCGUUCUGACAAAUAUGACGGCCUUUGCCGACAUGGAUACGGAGGCUCCAGAUGGAAACCCGAUGUGGCGGCGACAACCGCCAAAUGACGCCUCAGCUUUAUAUGUCGCUGACAAGUGGGGCAACUGGGUGCUGAAUAAUGGUAAUCGCAAGUCGGAACUCGCUCAGGUCGCGGGGACUGCGGAACUAGACGCACACACCUCGAUGACAAAGUCGCCGAUAGAGAGGGAGGAGGAAGCGGAGGCGAUGGAAGCGGGAACCUCGGCUACUAAGGAGGAGCCCCAAAAGCCGCCGCCGGCAUUCCUAUCGCAAGACCCGUCUACUACCUGGAAGCUCUACCGAUCAUCGAGCGUAUACUCGCAAGCUAGCACCAUCUGGCGGAACUCUAGAAACGUGAUGCGUUCCCGAUCUCAAAAGAGCGAAAAGGGUGCUGUGGCUCAGAUUGAUACUAAUGCGUCUCGCGACUCGGUCACCACUAUCAGCACUUCUAUGUCGAGCCCGUUCGAUAUGGAGGUCCCAUUCGAAUUUGACGACGUCACGAUCCCCCGGCUCCCGCCACUCGCCGAAACCACUUCGCCGACGACUGGACGCUCUCCGGUCACGUAUCCGGAAAUUCCUGGACGCAUCAACCGAGUUCUGCCUGAGGCCAAUGAGCCACCCAAACCAGAUUUCAUGAUGACCUUGCCUCCUGGUCAGCCAAGCCCGACCUUGGGAGAAACCGUGGGGGAGGCCACGUCGCCUUACCCACGGCCUCUGAACACCAAGCGGUCGAUGAAGAGCAAGACACCUCUUGCGUCGCCGGAUAUCGAUCUGGACCUACCGCAGCCCCCUCGACUUGGAGGAAAUCUUACUCCGAUCCCUAGUCCCGUGUCGCGAUUUUCGCCGCGGGUGCCCCACGCCGAGACCUUCGGGCCGGACACGAAGGCGCCGGAGAGGCUUCACACGCCGCCGGUGCAGACGCCUGCCGGUCUCCCAUCCAGCCCGCUCAGCGCUAAGACGACGGCCUCGCGGCCGAGCACGGCAAACUCGCAGCCGCACGUCGCCCGCGCGAUCUCUCCCAUGACCUUCGCGAUGAUGAGCUCGACCUCCCUGGCGGCGAGCUCGCUGCUGGCGAAGCGGAUCGGGAACGACAAGGCGGUGGCGCUCGCGCUCGCGCCAGACAGCAAGAAGCAGGAGCAGCCGUGGCGGCGCAAUGGCAGCGACCCGAAGGGCCUGCUGAGCCCGGAGGACGCGGGUCUGUCGUCUCCCAAGGGGACUCUCCCCCACACGCCCACGUGGCAGCCCAAGCUGACGCCGACUCGGCGCGGCGACGACCUGUACCUUGACGUCCGGUAG